CACCAGUACACUGUGUAUGAACAUAUUAAGAGAAAGCAUCAGACACCAGGUACACAUCUUGAGCUCGAAAUUUCAGGCGUGUGUUACUACUGCCCUGUAUUAUGUUACGUACACAUUAAGAGAUACUAUGCACCACACCGCCCCUCACGUGUUACGCGCUUAUUAAGAAAAAGUAUCAGACAUCAGGUGCACCUCUCGAGCUCGAAACUUGGCACACGUUGUGUUUCAGUAGACUGGAUCAUUGGUAGUAGUGUUUCGAAAUCAAUACACCUGGACGCGACAAUAGACGACAAUUGUGUAUGGAAAAAUACCUCUCACCCCCUUUCUGUCCUCUCCUUGAAAGGUUACAUUAAAUAUUGAUACUUAUUAUGUAAGUUGGCUGUCUACAAACUCGCUCGUCGCUCGAGGACACCACCACUUGUUGCGAAAUGUGGCAACUAUAAAAAUUUUCAAAUCCCAGCUUGGUAAGGUGGUAGUCCUUCAAAUUAUUGUCCUUGUGCUGAUUAAAUUUCGGGUUAAAACGCUCCAAACACAUGACGAAAGACUGGUAACAGAUCAAGAGCCUAUUACAGAAUCCGGGCUGCAAGUGGCACCUCUUUCACGUGAAGACAACAUCUCCCACCUUGCAGAAGAGGGACAGUAACGUCACACUAACGGCGUGACGUAACAUGGUCAUUCGCAAGGACCUCAUAACUAAAGCCUUGGUUAAGUGAAGCUGCCAAUGAACUCGCGUCGAGUUUGUCAACAUCGUAACUGGGUCAUAUACACAACGAUCGACGAAAUUUCCGUAAUUUUCAGCUGGUGACGAUGGAUUUCUGUUGUUGAUAAUCGACCAACCAUGCGUACUCGACAUUCGUGGAACGUCCGGGUUUCCCGGUUUGCUGACAACUCUGUUAACCCCAUUAGGACUAUUGUAGAGAACAUGAGGUUGAGACCAAAUCCGGACAAACCCCUCUUGGCACUUUCUAUAGGGGAUCCUACUACUUUCGGAAACAUGGAUGCAUGCGAAGAGAUCACAGAAGCAGUAGUGGAAGCAGUGAGAUCACGAAAAUACAACGGUUAUGCACCCAGUCAAGGAUUCCAGGAUGCACGAGAGGCCGUAGCUGCUCACAGUUCGUACGCAGAUUGCAUGGUUGAGUCCAAGGAUGUGGUACUGACCAGUGGAUGCUCUCAGGCAUUGGAAUUUUGCAUAAAUGUCCUUUCGAACCCGGGCCAGAACGUGCUAAUACCAAGACCAGGGUUUCCUCUGUACAGAACCAUAGCAGAGGGUAUAGGAGUGAAGAUAAAAUACUACGACCUCUUGCCCGAUAAGGAGUGGGAAGUGGAUCUAAAACACUUGGAGAAUCAGAUCGAUUCGCAGACCUCUGCUAUUGUCAUCAAUAAUCCUUCUAACCCCUGUGGAUCGGUAUAUUCAGCAUCACAUCUCUCGGAUCUACUACACAUCGCUUCUAGGAAUUACGUACCCGUUAUUGCUGACGAGAUCUACAGCACGUUUAUUUUUCCAGGGGAGACCUUCUACCCAUUGUCUUCGUUGUCUAAAGACGUGCCAAUUCUGACUUGCGGUGGCAUCACUAAAAGAUUUAUGGUUCCGGGAUGGAGAAUGGGGUGGAUCAUCAUCCAUGACAAAAAUGAAAUUUUUGGAGCUCAGAUCAGGAAUGGGCUGCAAAAUCUGUGCCAAAGAAUAAUGGGCUGCAACACCAUCGUUCAGGGUGCACUCCCCACUAUUCUCAACGAUACACCUCACCAAUUUUUCGCAGAGUGCAUCAGUACGGUUAAGAACAAUGCGGAGACCGCAUACACCGCUCUUCAUCACGUACCAGGUCUCAUGCCUAUAAUGCCUGCAGGUGCCAUGUACAUGAUGGUUGGGAUCGACAUGCCGCAUUUUCCAGAAUUCCGCCAUGAUCUAGACUUUGUAGAGAAGUUAGUGUCGGAGCAAUCGGUGUUCUGCUUACCCGGAAAGUGUUUCGAGUACCCUAACUACUUCCGGAUCGUGCUGACGGUUCCAGAGGACCACAUUCGAGUGGCGUGCGUCCGAAUAGCCGAAUUUUGCUGCGAUCAUUACAUCGCUUCCGGUUCUAUCAACAACGACAACCUCCUGGUCAAGUAUGGCUUGAUGGCGAAUAAAUAUUAAAUUCCUCCCCUCCCCGAAGCUUAAAAGGUUUCCAAAUUUAAAUAUUGUACCAUAUCUAGCCCACCUUUAUGUAUUUUUGUCGGUUUAAUAAAAAGAGGAGCACUACCACUGUUGGGGUGCAGUUUAACGGUUACAAGUCGGUAAUGGAUACUUCUUGUAAACAGUUAUGGGGCCUACCACUUUAAACAUCUUAGUAGUGCAGUAAAUAAAGAUGCUACUCAAGAUUGUCUCUAAUGAUCUCUUGCUAUAAUUAAGCCCUGAAGGGUUUGUGAGGACCUUUAAAAACCCUCCUCUCAGGACAGUAGUGGAGCAUUAUUUUAUUUAAAACCGUUAAAUUGUAUUUCACUAACGUUAGUAAGUGAAUUCGGUGAUUAAUACUAAAGUUUAAAGAUUUUUUAAACAGAUGUUUCUUCGUUAUAACGGUUUUUGACAAUUCAUUGUCUUUAGUAACCGUUUUCUUUUGUUCAGUCGCGAUUCUUACUUUCUUGUUCCUUUAACACAGGAAGAAACUAUUACAAAAAUACUAAUUGGGAGGUUAAUAGAGGGUUUUUUUUAAGGGAAAGUGUUCUUUCUGGUGUCUUUCACUGUCCGUACUAAAAGAUUAGAAAGGACUUUUUCUCCUCUUUUUUCCCUUUCUUUACACCUUUACACUUUACCUUCCCUCACUACACCAGUACACUACAUCCUUUUCACUUUGAUCUUUACGCCUCGUAUUUCAUUUUGAAUCUUUACACCUUACCUUUCCCUCUGUUUGCACCUUUACCUUUCUUCUAUAUUUGUUCCUGUUCACUUUUCUUUCCCUCUCUAAACCUUUACACUUCACUUUUCCUUCUCUGCACCUUUCCACUUUACUAAAUUUCCCUAUAACAUAACAGUUACUACCGUAAUAAUUUUCCUCUGUCAUGAGUAUUUUCAGCAAAAAUUGUCAAUCUGAUGUGUUUACGAAGGCUCAAAGUGUCGACUUUCUUCCACUAUGACAGCCUUUGUUAAGGUAUCUGAUGCCUUAUGGAAUUUAUUAACACCUAAAAGCACGAGAUAGUGUGCAACAGCAGCUUUUUUAUCGCAUAGAAAAAAGGUUUUAUUAGUUUGCCUGACAUUAUAAGGCAUCUAUAUUUCGAAGCCUUUUAAAAGAGUAGAAAAAAUUAGCUUGAUUUGAUGUUUUAAAAUUAGUAAAUCAAGUUUAAACUCGUCGAGUCAGGCUAAAUUUUAAAGAGAUUAAGGCAAGAAUAAACUACAGAAAGGCUCUUAUCUGAGGAUAAGAGACGAUGUUAUAGCUUAGUGUAGCCUUAAAUUAUUGACCUCUAUCAACCUACAAGAAUUAAAAACUGCAAUAAAAUAGGAGCUAGCUACUCUAUCAACCUAAUCCUCAAAGAAUAGCCUUCCAAUAGUUUAAUUUUUUGCCUUAAUGUUAAAAUGACAACUUAAGGCGAGAAAUAAUUAUUGGAAGGCUUUUAUAUGAGUCUAAGAGCCGAUAUUAUAGCUAGCUCGUACGUUAAUUGCACCUUUAUAUUCUUAAGAGUUAAUAAAAGGCGUUUCAAGAAUUUAAGGUUACACUAAGAUACGCGCUAACUACAGCAGCAAGCUAGAAACUAUACCUAAAAUAAGAGCCUGAAUAGACUUAACUAUAGGAGGGCUCUUUAAAAUCCUCCUAAGAGCCCAAGCAGUCUCAUGGAAGGCUGCUUGGGGCCUAUUCUACGAGACAGAGCUAUUAGCGCAGUGUCAUAGAAGAGGCCGUAAGUAACCCUCUACAAAUCAAUUUCUCGUAAGCGUGCCUUAUUCGUUGAGUUGAAAUCGCGACUACUCGAUUCUAAAUUUACCAUUUUGUGCCCUUGGUGGACCCUGUAAACAAGUCGGAAUCGAUCAGAAUUGCCGAUAGCCUUUUCGAAAUCGAUUUCUGUCCUUGAGCAUUACUUCAUCAUCAUUCAGCAAACGUAUCGACAAUCACCGAUAACCUUCCAAAAAUGCAAUAUCGAUACGCGGAGGCCUUCUAAACUUGUUUAGCAGGAAACUCCUAGAAGAGCCUGU